CAUUUAAAAUAAUCGAUUUUUUUUUAGGACACCUAUAGUUAUGUUUUGCUUUUAAAUUUAGGAGAUCUGUUGUAUUAUAAUACACAAAUUACUAAAUCUUUAUUAGCAAAAAGAAAAAAAAAGAACCAGACUCAUUCGCGACAAAAAAGGUUCUCAUUCCCUCGUUUCGGUUUCAGUUAUAAAAGGCAAUAUGGUGGUCAUACAAAAUGAUGGCUACACAAGAAAUAAGGUUUCUUUGUUUAAACAGUAUAAUUUGUUUAUCAAGGGUUUUUUUUUUACUUUUUGUCCUUUUCUUUUUUUUAAAAAAUAAAAUUAAAAUUAAAAAUUUAUAUAUAAAAAAAUGUCUUUAGCUGAACCAGCUAAUAGUUAUAAUGUUAAUAGUAGUAAUAUAAGUUAUCAGGAAAGGUUAUCGAUUGAUAAGGAAAUAUUCAGAAAUUUAAAAAAGAGUUUGAGCUUCCUUAGUCCUAGGGAUGACACAAGUGAUAAAUUAUCAAGUACUGAAAAUGAUCCAAUUUUCAAUAAGGAACGAUAUCAAAUCGAGAUUUCUCAAGAUGGUAAAUUUGCUGUAACAUUUGAUACAGCAAACCUUCGGAUUAGAGUAUUGGAAAAUACAGAUCAUCGUCAAUUCAGAUUAUCUAGAGAUAAGGUCGAUGUUUCUUCUACUUCAGAACAAUUUUUCUACAAUCUUAAUGAUGAUGAAGUUACUAGUAAAUCAACCCAUUCUAUCAAUCCGAAUGAUGAAGAAAUUAAUGAAACAAUAGCUUAUUUCCAAAUAAGCGAAAAAUUAGAUAUUGUUAAGUUCUAUGAUCAAUAUCCUCGAUAUGUACAUCGAGAAACUGGCAUUGACGUUGAAGAUGAUACGGACGACAGAUAUAGAUGGGGUUUAGAUAUAUCAAAUGUACAAAGUUAUCAAGGCAAAUAUUUUAUCUUUAUUGCUGUAUCCCGCAUAGAUGUUAGUGAGGAUAUGAAAGGAAAAGUGAAUGCUGAUACAAGAUCUGAUUAUAAGAAAAACACUAUAAAAAAAAGAUUUGAAAGAAUUAAUGAAACUUCUAAUCCAGAUGUUAGACUUGAAUUUAUAGGAUUUAAACCAAAUGAAACUAAAAAAGGAACAGCGGUUUACCGUCUUAAAUUAAUAAAGGACGAAAAUAAUGACCUUACUCUUAAAUUAUGUCCCGUAACUUAUUAUUAUUCUGACAGCGUUUCAGGAAUAUGUAAAUUUAUACAAAAUUUAGACGAUAUCGAUCAAAAUAAUUAUACUUUUAAAAGAUUUGUAGUAUUGAACUUUAACGGAAUAUAUAAUUUUGAGUAUGAUUUUGAGUAUAGAAAUCUUGAUUUAAAUACGAGAUUUGAUUACCCAAAAAGUAUUGAAAAUGAACUACGACAUUGGCAUAAAGAAAAUUUGGAAGACUGUAUGGAUAAACUUCUUACGUGUCUUUAUGAUCAAUAUUUUUUAGUCGAACAAUAUAAAGAUAAUGUACAGACGCUUGAAGUUUAUGAUCUGGCAGAAAUGAGCUUAAAAACUACUCCAAAAAGAGUCGAAAAAAAAGAUAAGCACGUUAGAAAGUUUAAUCACAAUACUUUUUCAGUCAGUAAACUACAAAUUUGUUUUACUCGGGGACUUAGUUCUAUUAAGUUGUACUUUAUGGAGAAUGGUUUGGAGGUCGUAUCAAAAAAAUUUGAUGAAAUAGAAAAAAUUUAUUCACUAGAAUUCAUUAAUAGUGAUGAAAAGUUACUUAUAAUAGGCGAAAAAAAGGAUCAGAUCUUAGUAAUCGUUUGGCUAGAACUUCAGGAAAUAUUUUACAAGUUGAUGAAGUAGGAAGGGUUACAUCAGUUCUUAAAAAAAUCGACAAUAAAUUAAAACAAAAUACACCAAAAGAA